AUGUACUGUUAUCUCUUACCCUGUCCUGCCCCGGUGGUGUUCUAUAUUAUAUACCUGGUUGGUUUAUAUACAGGUCAUCUCUUACCCUGUCCUGCCCCGGUGGUGUUCUAUAUUAUAUACCUGGUUGGUUUAUAUACAGGUCAUCUCUUACCCCGUCCUGCCCCGGUGGUGUUCUAUAUUAUAUACCUGGUUGGUUUAUAUACAGGUCAUCUCUUACCCUGUCCUGCCCCGGUGGUGUUCUAUAUUAUAUACCUGGUUGGUUUAUAUACAGGUCAUCUCUUACCCUGUCCUGCCCCAGUGGUGUUCUAUAUUAUAUACCUGGUUGGUUUAUAUACAGGUCAUCUCUUACCCCGUCCUGCCCCAGUGGUCUCCUGGUUGGUUUAUAUACAGGUCAUCUCUUACCCCGUCCUGCCCCAGUGGUCUCCUGGUUGGUUAAUAUACAGGUCAUCUCUUACCCUGUCCUGCCCCAGUGGUCUCCUGGUUGGUUUAUAUACAGGUCAUCUCUUACCCCGUCCUGCCCCAGUGGUGUUCUAUAUUAUAUACCUGGUUGGUUUAUAUACAGGUCAUCUCUUACCCCGUCCUGCCCCAGUGGUGUUCUAUAUUAUAUACCUGGUUGGUUUAUAUACAGGUCAUCUCUUACCCCGUCCUGCCCCAGUGGUGUUCUAUAUUAUAUACCUGGUUGGUUUAUAUACAGGUCAUCUCUUACCCCGUCCUGCCCCAGUGGUGUUCUAUAUUAUAUACCUGGUUGGUUUAUAUACAGGUUAUCUCUUACCCCGUCCUGCCCCGGUGGUGUUCUAUAUUAUAUACCUGGUUGGUUUAUAUACAGGUCAUCUCUUACCCUGUCCUGCCCCAGUGGUGUUCUAUAUUAUAUACCUGGUUGGUUUAUAUACAGGUCAUCUCUUACCCUGUCCUGCCCCGGUGGUGUUCUAUAUUAUAUACCUGGUUGGUUUAUAUACAGGUCAUCUCUUACCCUGUCCUGCCCCAGUGGUGUUCUAUAUUAUAUACCUGGUUGGUUUAUAUACAGGUCAUCUCUUACCCCGUCCUGCCCCGGUGGUGUUCUAUAUUAUAUACCUGGUUGGUUUAUAUACAGGUCAUCUCUUACCCCGUCCUGCCCCGGUGGUGUUCUAUAUUAUAUACCUGGUUGGUUUAUAUACAGGUCAUCUCUUACCCUGUCCUGCCCCGGUGGUCUCCUGGUUGGUUUAUAUACAGGUCAUCUCUUACCCUCUCCUGCCCCGGUGGUGUUCUAUAUUAUAUACCUGGUUGGUUUAUAUACAGGUCAUCUCUUACCCCGUCCUGCCCCAGUGGUGUUCUAUAUUAUAUACCUGGUUGGUUUAUAUACAGGUCAUCUCUUACCCUGUCCUGCCCCAGUGGUGUUCUAUAUUAUAUACCUGGUUGGUUUAUAUACAGGUCAUCUCUUACCCUGUCCUGCCCCAGUGGUCUCCUGGUUGGUUUAUAUACAGGUCAUCUCUUACCCCGUCCUGCCCCAGUGGUGUUCUAUAUUAUAUACCUGGUUGGUUUAUAUACAGGUCAUCUCUUACCCUGUCCUGCCCCGGUGGUGUUCUAUAUUAUAUACCUGGUUGGUUUAUAUACAGGUCAUCUCUUACCCCGUCCUGCCCCAGUGGUGUUCUAUAUUAUAUACCUGGUUGGUUUAUAUACAGGUCAUCUCUUACCCUGUCCUGCCCCGGUGGUGUUCUAUAUUAUAUACCUGGUUGGUUUAUAUACAGGUCAUCUCUUACCCCGUCCUGCCCCAGUGGUGUUCUAUAUUAUAUACCUGGUUGGUUUAUAUACAGGUCAUCUCUUACCCCGUCCUGCCCCGGUGGUGUUCUAUAUUAUAUACCUGGUUGGUUUAUAUACAGGUCAUCUCUUACCCCGUCCUGCCCCAGUGGUGUUCUAUAUUAUAUACCUGGUUGGUUUAUAUACAGGUCAUCUCUUACCCCGUCCUGCCCCGGUGGUGUUCUAUAUUAUAUACCUGCACAGUCAUCCUAA